GGGUUGUUCUGAUCGACGCUGCGAGGCUGCUGACUAAUUCUCCUGGGAAUUCAACUGUCGUUGAUUCAGCUGCUACUGGCUCCUCCAUCAACUGCAUUGUUACUUUAAGACCCUGGUUUUGACUUUUAGAGCUCGACCUGGUCAAGCAUCAUUGGUGCCUGAUGGCCACAGGAUCAGGGCCUGUUGGCUAUGGAUCACUCAGUUAUGGCUGUCCGCCAGCAGCCCACCCAGGGGAUGAUAUCCCCCCGCUCUGGAGCAUGGAGCACCGAGCUCUUUGAUUGCACCGCUAAUAUGAAAACCUGUUGCUACAGCCUUUGGUGUUUCCCCUGCAUGCAGUGUCAGACAGCCAGUAAGCAUGGAUGGUGCUUCGCAAUGCCACUGCUGGAUGUUUGUGGUGUGGUGUCCUGCUUACUCCGGCAGUCCAUCAGAGAGCGCCACAACAUCGAAGGCUCUGUCACUGAUGACGUCAUCAACGUACUUUGCUGUUAUUCGUGUGUCUGGUGCCAGAUGUAUCGUGAGGUGGUGAUCAGGGAACGCCAGUAGCCCUCAAACUUGAUGCUGAUCACCGUGCACGUUACCUAUGGAUCAAGAUCAUGGGUCGGGGCCCAUGUCAUGAUUUUUAGAUAAAACCUAUAUGUAGUAAUGUAGUAAUAAUAAAAGAUAUAAGAAAAUGUAAGCUCAUUUUAAAAUAGCGUUAUAGAGGUUUUAAUCUGACCAAUAAAAUCUUUCUAUUUCAUGUAACAUGAUUCCUGUUGUUGUAAUCUUCUUCUGAGCUGAGUU